AUGUUCAGCACCUUCACCGCAGCUCCGGCUGCCGCGAGCGUGGAUCCCAGUGCAAACUCCGGAUCUCCUUCUGGAAGUCACACAGGCCUCCGCCGUCCUGGUGCGUCCAGCAACCUCCCAGCCAGGACAAAGCCGAAACGCAGCCAGGUCUCCCGGGCUUGUGACUGGUGUCGUGUCCAUCGCAUCAAGUGUGACAACGCGUACCCAUGUCAUAACUGUCAGGCUCGUGGCGGUCAGUGCAGCAACAAAGGAUCACCGCAAGUCCGUACCCUCCCCCAGGCCUUCAGGGAGAUUGAGAAACUCCGGCAGAGAGUCAGAGAGUUGGAGGAGGAGUUGGGCAACUCCCGUUCGGCUGCUGCUGCUGCUGCCGCUGCUGACCAACAUCAACUUGAGCAUGCCUCGCCGCAGCUGGUGCCCAAGGAGCUCCAGGAUGGGCUAAUCAAUACGUCAGCCUCAUUGGCCGACUCUGCCCCAAGCCGGAGCCCACAGUCCUCUGGGCCGAGGCGAUAUUGGGAAGGCGUACAUGCCAGUCCCAAUAACAGCCAUGCGAAGCAGUUCUUUGGCCCGUCAUCGCUGCUCUACUUCAUAAAGCGGAUGGAGGACUUCUUGGCAACGACUCUGCAGCAGCCAGUGCGUGACCAACCCAUCUGGUUCAACUCGGCGAGCAAGUCGUUCGCAAGUCCCUUCCCUGAGCGAGCAAACGAGUUUGCAGAACCGCCGGCUGAGACCGCGGGCCGGGGAAAUCAUGGGCUCCACGUGAGCGACCACGAGCAGUACCUGAACACAACUCAGGAGGAGUUCUUCCUUAACCUCUUCUGGCAGUCGUACCACAGUAGUAUGCAGAUUAUCGACGAGACUGCGUUCCGAGAGCAUUACAAGUCUCUCUGUGACGUUCCUGGUAGGAGUAGAAGACCGUCGGCGCUCGUCGAUAUAAUCGUCGCCAUUUGCAUGCAGUAUGGUAUCGCCUUGCUUCCUCCACAAGAGGGCGGCGCUGGCGGCUCAGAACGUGCUUCAGAAAGCGCCAAAAACUUAGAACAAGCCGGUGUCCCUGAUGUGGUUGUGGGUAUCGAUGAUGCCACGAUCGCGGGACGCUGGCAUUACUUUCGUUGUCAGGCGCUGCUGACAGCCGAGCUGGAGAGCCCAACCAUCACGACUCUGCAGUGUCACAUCUUCUCCGUGAUCUACCUCUGCAAUGCUUCGUUCCAGACCACUGCACACAGCACGUUGGGGCUUGCUGUACGGACGGCUCAGAUUCUGGGGUUGCAUCUUGAGCCGUCCGAGGACACGCCACAUGUCGAUCGUGAGCUGCGCAAGCGCAUCUGGUGGACGCUUCAGACUGUCGAGAUCAAGACAUGUAUGAAGCUCGGACGGCCCCUGAUGACUUCUUCGCCCCCAGAGAUGUGCUCCCUGCCGUCAGACGACUAUCAGCUCGCAUUGCUGUCCAGCAGCACAACUAGUGUGGAUGGUGGUGUAACGUGGUUGACGUACUCGGUGCAGAACACCAAGCUGGUCCUUGCCGCCCGUGCGACACACGUUGCGUUCUUUGACAGGUGUGACGAGCUACUUACAAGGCACGACUGCGCAACAAUAUAUGAAAAUGACAUAGUACAGGAGGAAUGUGCCGAGUUCCUGCAGGCUUACCUUCGGGGGACCCACGGCCUGCAGACAUGGCUCCAGGCAGUCCCAGAGGGCCUAAAGUCUAGACGCAAGGACGGUGGUGAGGCUUACUCGACCGACUGCUCUGCACUCGAGGUGGAGCGUUUCGCACCGACCUGGCUUCAGCGCCACCGCCUACUUCUCGAACUGCUAUACCACAACCUGUCGAUGAAUCUCUUCAGGCCCUUUAUCACUUUCCCCUCAGCCCAACACUGCCAACUGAGCUCCACACCCUCUGCUCCCUCAUCUCUGACCUCACCCGCUGGCGCGCCUCUGUCCUUGGCCUUCGCGAACAGGGCGACGCCACUUUCAGAUCAGAAUGCCAAAUCUUGUGUCAGACACGCCAUCGCGCUGACCACCAUGAUCCAUGAGGCUCUCAGGAAUACCGAGCUUCUGGGAGGGUGGCACGAGGCGUUUCAAUGGCAGUGGAACGCUGCUGUGGCGCUCAUCGGAUUCAUCUUCUCGGACUCCGGGUCAGAACUUUAUCAGGACGCCCGUCGGGCUAUUGACCAUGCCAUUGAGGUGUUUGGCAUUUUCGGGAGACAUUUUGCCGUCGGUACGAGUGCCGCCAGCGUGACGCGCGAUUUAGCUGCCACGGCCGAUCGCUUGCUCAGUCUACCAUUGCAAGCACGAGCGGAAGAUGGUAGAAGCGCCGACGGAGGGCUGAGUGGUGAUGAGGGCUUCGUUCCGACGUUUGUCGGCAGCGGUGGCAUGAGCUCCAGCAGUGCAGAGGAGUCGCAGAGUGUUAGCCCAAACUUGGGCGGUAUCAUGGGACUGGGGCCCAAGGAGAUUAAAUCGACAGGGUCGGUUCUCGAUAUGGCCAUGGGGAAUGAUGACGCCGUGAGGAGCCUGCUGGACGGCACAAUGAACAUGGCUUACGGGGUGGAUUCUUUUGGGGGCUUUGAAUUUUCAUUUCCCGAGGCUGCUCAUUUCUUCGAGGGCUGGACCAACUACAGCACAGGAACCGGGAAUACAUAA